AUGAUCGGCGACCAGCUGGUGGCAAGACACGAGAGCGAGGACGCCUACGAGAGCGUGGCCAGCGAGGGGAGAUCGCUCGAGUUCCUCGCCACGCCCAGGGAGGCGACGACCUACGACUCACGAUCCAUGUCGAAGGUCGUCGAUUACGGGAGAAGGUACGAUCACCAGUUUCCUAUCGCCGGUGGGGAGUACACCGAAACAGCGCUAAUGGAGCCGGUGAACGGGCUUCAAGAUUACAGCAGCAGCAGCGCGAACAGCCUCGACGAUCUUUGCCGCGGGCAUCGUCAGCGCGCCCUCAACGAUUUUAAUCGGGGGGACGAGUCGGCGGGCCCCCGGGAUCAUUACAUGGUCCCCACCAGAGACCCGAGAGAGCUGAACGAGAGGAUACUUUCGCUGUUCAAUCCACAGUUCCUGCCGAAUUUCAACGACAUGAUCAUGUACGUUGCGAACCAGUACGACGCCAGACGAAGCCCGCCACCUAGGUCGCGCUCGAUGGCGGACGGGGAGGAUCGAUUGUUCAGGCGGUCGAGCAGCUGUCGGAAGAAACGCGUUGGCGCGAGUUCCAUGUUCUUCCGCCGUGGAUUAACGUACGAAGCGGCGCGCAAGUGACACCGGUUGUCCCCAUUCGGAUUCAAACGAAGGAUAGAACGUUGGGUCGAUCGAGUGACGCGCGAUAAAACGUAAGGGACGACACUAAGGGACACUGUUGUCUUGGCUGCCGGAAGAAAUGGAAGGAAAUGCUCGAUCGAACGAAGGGAGAAGCUCGGUGGAAGUUGUGAAGCAAGAUGGACAGGCCACUACUUGGAGGAAACUGUUGUUUCUCGGAGAACGGUUCACCUUGGAUCAUCGUUUCUCCUACCCGAUGAUCGUCCUUCCUGAUAUCAAAGGAAGAACUUUUUGUUCCUUGCGGUGAAGCGAGUUCACUCAAGGGAAGACCACGAUAUUAUUAUGCAUACCUAAGUGUCGGCGUUACCUGAGAUGUCUCGAGGAUGUGGUGUACUCGAGAGGCACGGAUUUCAUUUUCGUCGUCGUUCAAUACGACCAGAAGUGUACAGAACGACCGGUACGUCGCAAGUCCACGUGCUUCCGGUGUCACGUGUCGUAUCGUCUGAUAUAUAUGUACCGCGAGAACAGAGACACGCGCGUACUUUGGAACUAUUUUUUUAAGAUAAUAACUCACAAUUCAGGCUCUCUCCGAAUGUCUUAUAUAAGCGCGGCAUCGCGUGUCGGACGCUCCAACACAACUUGAGCUAAUUUUUGUACAGAAUUCGAACGAUUUUCGAGUUCUUCCUUUCCGUUUCUCACUAGUACGGCAAUGGAGGGAAUACAUGGGAAAUGAAGGGACACACAAAAAAAUUGAUGGAAUAUCAAACAAAGCAGCAAACAACGACGAUGGGACAAAGGAUCGGACUCGUAACUGUGUAAUGUGAUACGAUCUGAGGAGAGUUCUGUGUUCGUAGCAGUGGCCUGCUUAGGUGCUUAGAACCGCGGUGAUUUAAGGACGUAGACGAAGCGUCUUGCCGCUCGGGCCCACGUUUCUCAAACUACACCUUUUCGUGAACUUUUCGCCCCUCGAAUAGUAACAAGGGAAAUAAACUCAACAAGAUGAAAAGAAAACUUAUCAAACGAGAUUCGUUUUACGAGAGAGAAAAAAAAACGAAAAGAAUCGCUUGCUAUGAAAUCGCCUAUCAAAUUCGCUUUGAUCUUAGAGACAAGGUUGAAGAUAGUUUUAACGAGAAUAUAAUAUAAAAAAAGUUAAGAAGUUACAAGUGUAAGGAGGAAGAUGAUUUUGUAAAGGGAAGAGGUAUUUAAAAAAAGGGGGGGUUGGAGUUUGAGAAACGUGAUCUCGUGGAGGGACGUUUCGAAAGCAUUCGCGGGAGACGAGGCGUGCCUUCCGUAUAUUAAUUGUUGGCAAAUUUCUGAUCUAUAAAAAACAGGAACGGGAGAAUGCGGCCGGUAUAGAUUCGGGCAAGUGCCUCAUUUAUGCGUUUCGUUUAAAAAAAAAUGAAAUAUUCGAUAGAGGAAGAGGGGGGAGACGACGAUAUGGGUGGUGAAUAUGAAAAAAAAAAGGGUGAGAAAGAGAGCGAGCGAGAGCGAAA